AGGCGGCGGCGGCGCAAGCCGGUCGGGAACAGGAACAGUUUGGGCAGCAGCAGUGCAGAUUUCCUCAUACUGCCUGCCAACAUGCCUCAGAUCUGACCAGGAAGGGGCCACCUAGAAGGCUCCCACCGCCAUCCAGAAUGUGACUGACUGGCAGAGAAGGGAAAGCCAAAGAGGAGAAAAAUGACCUUUCAUUAAAGAGCAUAAGAAUAAGUCACCUUACUGUAAAAAAUCAAGACUACAAAACUAGUCUAACUGAUGAAGAAACAAAACCUACUCCAUAUGUUGUACAAUGGGUACUACAAAUGAUGAGAUGGUUUCAGUAGAGCAGACUUCCUCCUUGAACCCUCUAUGUUUUGAAUGUGGCCAGCAACAUUGGACAAGGGAGAAUCAUUUGUACAACUAUCAGAAUGAAGUGGAUGAUGACUUGGUCUGCCAUAUUUGCCUUCAGCCUUUGUUGCAGCCAUUAGACACCCCUUGUGGACACACGUUCUGCUACAAGUGCCUAAGGAACUUUUUGCAGGAGAAGGAUUUCUGUCCAUUGGAUCGAAAAAAGCUUCAUUUUAAACUCUGCAAAAAAUCCAGUAUUCUCGUACAUAAACUGUUAGACAAAUUGUUUGUUUUGUGUCCCUUUUCUUCAGUAUGUCAGGAGGUAAUGCAACGAUGUGAGCUGGAAGCACAUCUCAAAAACAGGUGUCCUGGAGCUUCCCAUCGAAGGGUUGUACUGGAGAAAAGGAAGUCUAGCAAGCUGCAGACAGAAGCUGAGAAUGAAAAUGGGCCUAAUCUGAUAGAUCACCCAGGCACUUUAUCUCCAGAUACAGACCAUGCUGGGACGGGACCAGUGCCAGUGGAUCAGAACUUUACACCAACUACUCUUCCUGCAUGGACAGAUGAGCCUGGCCUUAACAACCCUGCCUUUGAAGAGAGCACAAUAGCAGACAGCUUCCCACCUAUGGAAUACUGUCCUGUUCGAACGAAAAGGCAACUGAGUAACUCCUGCAUCCAUCUGCAUCGAACUAACAGUAACACCUCUAGCAUCUGCGAUAUUAGAGAGGAAACACUGAGCCUUACCACAGAGGAAGCAACCCACCAGCCACCUACCUUGCCCGAAGGAGAAAUCACUACAAUUGAAAUUCACCGGUCCAAUCCUUAUAUUGAGUUAGGAAUUAGCAUAGUGGGUGGCAAUGAAACUCCUUUGAUCAACAUUGUUAUUCAAGAGGUUUAUCGAGAUGGGAUCAUUGCCAGAGAUGGAAGACUCCUUGCUGGAGACCAAAUACUUCAAGUCAAUAACUUUGACAUCAGCAACGUGUCCCAUAACCAUGCUCGAGCGGUUCUUUCCCAGCCCUGCAUGGUGCUGCAUCUCACGGUGCUCCGAGAGAGACGAUUUGGAAGCCGGACACACAACCAUGCUGACAGCACUUCGCUGCGAGAAGACAGCUUUCAGGUGACGCUGCAUAAACGAGACUCCAGUGAACAGCUUGGCAUUAAAUUAGUGCGCAGAACAGAUGAGCCAGGAGUUUUUAUCCUCGACCUUUUGGAAGGGGGAUUGGCUGCUCAAGAUGGCAGACUCUGCAGCAAUGACCGGGUACUCGCAAUCAACGGACAUGACCUGAAACAUGGGACACCAGAACUUGCUGCUCAGAUUAUCCAGGCUAGCGGGGAAAGGGUGAAUUUAACAAUCUCCAGACCAGUGAAAUCGCAGACAGUCGCUAUUCUCCGAGAAGCAGGGACUCAUAACAGCAGCCAGCACCAGGCGCAGCAGCUGUUCCACAGCAGACACAGUUCGCAUAAGAUUCUUUCCCAGUGUAUUGCAUGCCAAGAAAAGCACAUUACUGUGAAAAAAGAACCACACGAAUCCCUUGGAAUGACAGUGGCAGGAGGUAGAGGCAGCAAAAGUGGUGAACUGCCAAUUUUUGUUACUAGCGUGCAACCUCAUGGCUGUCUUGCAAGAGAUGGCAGGAUCAAACGAGGUGAUGUGUUGCUGAAUAUUAAUGGCAUUGACCUGACCAAUCUAAGUCAUAGUGAGGCAGUGGCUAUGCUCAAAGCCAGUGCUACCUCUUCAGUGGUGGCACUCAAAACAUUGGAGGUUCAGAUUGUUGAAGAACAAACCCAGACUAAUGAGGAACAACCAAGCACAAUCAGCGAAAAUGAAUAUGAUGCUAGCUGGUCACCCUCAUGGGUCAUGUGGCUGGGGCUUCCCAGCGGCCUACAUAGCUGCCAUGAUGUAGUGCUACGGAGGAGCAAUUUAGGAAGUUGGGGCUUUAGCAUCGUUGGUGGAUAUGAGGAGAAUCACACAAACCAGCCUUUCUUCAUUAAAACGAUUGUUCUUGGAACUCCAGCAUACUUUGACGGAAGGUUAAAGUGUGGUGACAUGAUUGUCGCUGUAAAUGGACUAUCCACAGUGGGCAUGAGCCAUUCCUCACUAGUUCCUAUGCUGAAGGAGCAGAGGAACAAAGUAACUUUGACUGUUGUUUGCUGGCCUGGAAGCCUCAUAUAGAUUUGUAAAACCGCUUUGGUUCAAGCAGAUGAUUUUCUACGUGGCUGGUAUAAAGCCUCCAUUUUUUUUCUACUGAUACAGCUGGUAAUAAGCAGGGCCAAAAACUGCUACAUUCAUUUUUUUAAAGGGGGGGAUUCUCAACCUCUUUACUGUACGUAUGUUGCCAUCUUGAAACAGCCAUAUCUACCGAAUUUGUUGUGCUCAUUGUUUAAGAGCUGGCACAUGCACGUUAAGAUGUUAUUGUCAUUAAGCCUUCCCAGACAGUAAUAGUCUGACAGUCAGCAGAAGAAUUCUGUGGUAUUUCUAGUUUCUCUUAAUAUUUUUCCAAAUUGAAACGUAAAAUGGUAAGCUAUGUACUCUCUCUUCCUUGAGAGAAGGUUCAUGUCAGUAAUGCAAUUAAAGUUCUACUCGUUGCUGCCGUGAAUCAAAAUUGGUAUAAAAAGGAAUGCAUUUUUCAUUUUUUGUAAAUAUUUUCAUUUUGUUCCAGUAUGUUAAAACCAUUCAAGGAUCUGUCUUACUCAUAAGAAAGUGUUUGGUCCCAUGGUUUUUGUUGCAGGUCAUCAGUGUUCACAAAAGAGUAGGACAAAAGCCUGAUAUUACUGGAAUUUUUAUAAAGUGCAAUAAUCGGACUCUUUGCUAGAAAACGAUUUAAUAUAUUACAAAGUUUGUAUCCUAUAAUGCAAAGGAAUAUGGAAGUAAUCAGUCAGAAUGCUGGCAACAAUAAAUAUGCCUGGGUCACCUUUGA